AGAUUUAUUUAUAAAACAUGGGUCCUAAAAACAAACAAAAUGGUUUCAUAUUUUACGCCAGUCGAAUUCGAAAUGAACUAUUGAUGGAAGGCCAUGUAAUACGAAAUAUAAAUGAUCUUAUUGCAGCAGCUUCUCCAAAAUGGAGGGAUCUCUCUGCUGAAGAUAAAGAAAUGUACAAAACUUUGGCAAAAGAAGACUGGGAAAAUAAAAAUAAAAAUCCCUCACAAAAUCAAAUCAAGCCUAACAGUGUUGUUACCAUAGCUAAUGAUAACACAGACAAGUUUAAAGUUAAUGAGUUUAAAAGGAAACGUGAGCAUGAUGAAGUGAGUUCUGAAUGGUUACCAGGGAGACAGGUUCUUGAUGAGAAGUUUUAUUUUCCUUCGUUUGUGUGUCUCCUUGAGGAGCCUGAGUAUCAACCUUUAGAGAUUGCAGUUGUGGAAUAUAGCCUUAGGAAUGGAAUUGAAAGGACUUUUCAUAAGCAUAUCAAUCCAGGUCCAAUUCCACAGGGCUACAGGUUUAUAGCACAACAAAAAAGCAAUUUAACACAUCAAAUUCCUGUUGAAGGGAUAGCUUUACCUGAAGAUACUUACCCAAAAAUAUAUGAUGGGCUAAUGUAUUUCCUUUCUGGAAACUCUGGUAAAAUACCCCCAUUAUUCGUAAGGAUUAGUGAGUGUGAUAAAACUGAUAUGUGUCUCAAAUGGCUGGCUAAAAAAGCAGGUCGAACUUACCAAUUGAAAAGAGUUUAUGAGCUGGAAAGUCUUAUUCUAGAUCUUGAUGCUCAUUUAUCAGACAGACCAAAAUCUAUAAAUUCAUGCAAACAGAAUGCAACAGACCUGAUUUCUUCAACAAUAUUUGACUGGGAUGCUGGGACAAGAUGUCAAUGGCAUGAAGAAAAAGGUUCAAAAACUUGUGCAUUGGGUUUUGUCAAUCGUUAUUGUUAUUGUUUGUCGGAUUAUUUUUGUGAAAAUUUUGAUAUCCCUGUUACUGACCAACACCUUCCUCUCAAGAAAGAAGUCUGUUACACACUCAUUCCAAGUAUUUCAUCUCAGAAAAGUAAAAAUAAUGCACAAGCAGUUAGUAAUGGGCGUAUUGAAAAUUUAGCUAAUGAAGUUGCAAGCAGGAUGCGUGUUCUAUCUGAAAAUCAGGAAGAAAGAAUAAUUCAAGAAAAACAAUCCUCGCAACUAAAGUCAUUUGAGCAACAAAAGCGUUGGGCUGUUUCGCGUGGAGGGAAAGAUCACGAGACUGACUUAAUAACUAAUGAAAUUAAUAUAUCCCGAGAACAAUGCCAAAAUAAUAGUCAUACCAACGUAAUUGAAAAUAAAAAUGGAAUUGCAACCAGUGAUUCGAGCAAACGUGGUUGUGGUCGUGGUUUGCUUGGGCGGGGUAGAGGAGUGUUAGGUAAAACCAUAGAAUUACGGAAACCUGGUGAAGUUCCUCGUCAACCGAUAACUGUUCAGUCAACGUCACAUAAUAUUCAAAAACAAAUUAAUGAUACAGAAAAUCUGUAUGCCGGGCCUAUUGCUGCUCCCCAUCCAAGUACUGCACCUUUACCCCCUGCAAGUUGGGUUACUUAAUUUUUUUUAUUUGAUAACGAUAUAUGUGUGUCAGAAAAAUUACGUUUGAAGAUUAAUGAUUUUAUUUGUUGACGCGAUGACGUUUGAGGCGAUGGCGUUAAUUGUUGACGCGAUGACGUUUAUACAUUUUAAUGUCGGUUUACUUCAUAACUUGCGCAUUGAAAUUGAAGGCGUUAAAAGUCUUUAAGUAGUAUUGUUUUGCGUCUAAAAAUGUUUUUUUUUUUUAAUUUUUAAGUUGUUUUGAAAUAUUUUGAUUGGUAUAAUAACUAAUAUAUUUCCUAUUUUGCUAAUGUUUUUAUAAGCUAUAUUUAUAUUUAAGAACUCUGCAUUAAUGCAGCUUUAUAACUUAAGUUUUUUUUUUGUAUUAGUGUUAUUUAUAUAAAGGUUUUGUCAAAAUACGGAAGAAACCAGGCAU